UCCCGUGACUCCCGGACUUUCCCUCCGUCUCAUAACAUUUGAUUUCCUCCUCUCCUACGCUAGUUUUGUCCGAUCGGCUUCGUAUUUCUUUUUUAGUGUCAGCUUUUACCUGCAUUCUCGCUGACAUGCUUUUAGAAAGGAGACUACUUGUCGUGCUUUUAUUCAGUGUGGCAGCGACCUUCACUUCAGCUGACAAAAUGACAGCAGCCACAGUAUACUGGGACGCCCAACACAAGAUUGUCCAGCUGAAGGAGGGAGUGCUGGAGACAGAGGGGGACGCUUAUGGCUACCUGAAUGAUACUCUGUCCAGUACCGGCUGGAGCAUCCUAGAGAUCCGUGCCGGAUAUGGACAGACCCCUGAGACUGAUGAGGUCACUUUCUUCCUGGCUGGCUUCCUCGAAGGUUUCCUCACUGCCCAGCAGAUGAUGGACCACUACACCAACAUGUAUCCGCAGCUGAUCCACGACCCGAAGAUCCUUGAGUCGGUCCAGAGUUUCAUGGCGAAGCAGGACUCGUGGGUCAGACAACAGGUGAAACUGAACAAGACCUCCGAUCCUCUGUGGAAACACGUAGGCUUCAUCGUGGCCCAGAUGGAUGGACUGCAGGCAGGGGUGGCAGACUGGGCUAAGAAACAAGGAAAGAAGCCACUGUCGCUGUUUGCCAUCCAGUUCCUGAACGCAGUGGGAGACCUGCUGGAUCUGAUCCCAGCGUUGGUCCCCAGCUCCAAUUCUCCACUCAGAGACUUCAAACUUCCAGGGAUGGGACACUGUUCUGCACUCAUCAAGAUGCUGCCAGGCUUUGAGAACCUCCUGUUUGCCCACUCCAGCUGGUACACGUACGCUGCUACGAUGCGGAUUUACAAACACUGGGAUUUUCGCAUCACUGAGCCCCACACUGCCACUGGGAAACUUUCCUUCAGCAGCUACCCCGGUUUCCUUGUGUCUCUGGAUGACUUCUACCUGUUGGGCAGCGGUCUGAUGAUGACCCAGACCACCAAUAAUGUCUUCAACUCCUCCCUGUUUGACAAACUCACCCCAGACAGCCUGCUGGCUUGGCAGAGGGUCAGGCUGGCUCACAGUUUGGCUCGUACUGGAGAAGAGUGGGCCAAAACCUUCGCCAUGCACAACUCCGGUACCUACAACAACCAGUACAUGGUUCUGGACAGGAGCAAAGUGAAACUGGGCCACAGCAUUGAUGAUGGUGCUCUGACUGUGGUGGAGCAGAUCCCCGGCUUGGUGGAAUACUCCGACCAGACGCAGGCUCUGCGCAGAGGUUACUGGCCAUCCUACAACAUUCCCUUUCACAUGAAGAUUUACAUGCUGAGUGGUUAUGGAGAAAUGUGGGAGGAGUAUGGAGAGGAUUUCUCCUACGAUCUCUGUCCCAGAGCUAAGAUCUUCCGCCGUGACCAGGCUGAUGUCAAGGACCUGGACUCCUUGAAGCGCAUCAUGAGGUUUAAUGACUACCAGAAGGAUCCGUACUCGAAGGGCGACCCCUGCAAGACCAUCUGCUGCCGUAAUGACCUGAGAGAUGAGAAGCCUUCACCAGGAGGCUGCUAUGACACCAAGGUGACAGAUUUCCACAUGGCUGGGGACUUCCUUGCGGAGGCGGUGAACGGGCCCACGACGCAGGACGGACUCCCGCCGUUCUUCUGGAAACAGUUCAGCAGCAUCAGCCACCAGGGCCUGCCACAGUACUACAACUUCACCUUUGUCAAGAUGCAGCCUCUUCUCUUCGAGCCAUGAGGCGUUUGUGUGACUGUGAAUGUGUGAGAGAUGCUUUCAGAGGAAUGAAUGUCCGGGCUCACAGGUACAGUCCCAUGUUUUAUACAUCCAUUUACAAAGAAUUGCUUCCUCACGUAAUAUGUGCUUCCUUUUUAAAUUUCUACAUUUCGUCAAACAGACUUUAAAUAAGCACAUAUAUUACUCAGGGUGUAGAGAAUGAUUUCUGUGGGAAUUGUGGAGCCAUGUGUGCCUUAAACACUGACAGUAACUUUAGGAUUUGAUCAAAUGACAAAUCAAUGCACUAAAUCAGUGUUUGUUAGUGUGCUAUCUUAAAUACUAUUUUCCUCUUAAUUUUUUAAAUGAUUAAAUAUCUUCAUAAGUGCAAAACAUUAUUUGAACAGUAAAUCAAAAACAAUCAGUGCAAUGUCCUUCUCAGGGCUUUUUUUAUCUUUUCUGGUUCUGCAUGUGCAUCUAUUUCUUGCACUGUGCAAAAUAAGAAUAUCUCAGGUUUAUAUUUUUGUAUGAGCCUGUGUGUCCUUCUGUAAUACUGUCUUUAUUUCAUACGCCAGUUGGAUAAUAAAGUUUUACAUUUGUACCAGCA